AUGCCCCUUGUAGGAGCAUGGUUAAAAAUAUGGAUUUAUUUGAGUUUCAUCUUUGGAUGGACAAUAGGUGCACGACCACGAUUUGAUACUUCCACGGAUAUGGGAUUGGUUUUGAUACCAGCUGACGCGGAAGUCGAUUCAGUUAUAUUUCGAUUACGAGCUACCGAUCAGGAUGCAGAUUUUCCUCUUAUUUUUGAAAUCACUGCAACAAUUACACCAGUUGUGAGAAUCGACAAUCUGCCUUGUACGCUCUAUAAUAAAGUGUGCCAGGCUAAUGUAAUUCUAACGAAGCGUCUAAUGCCUGGUCGUCUUCAUGAUUUCGCUGUGAGGGUUAAAGACUCGAAGGGUGACUCGAAUUCAAUGCAAGCGACCAUUUCUGUCACGAAUGCUACCACUCAACGUGAUAAAAUAUUCCCGCACAUUCCUUCUCUGAUAAUGGUACCCGAGGACACUAAACCUGGUAAGGAAUUAGAUUAUCUUCUCGUUCGAGCUAACUCCUGGAGUGGUAAGCCAGUUUACAUUGAGUUAUGGCAACCGAAAGAAUUGUUUACAAUCAGACAACGACAAACACCAUCGCAAACUCGAGGAGUUAUAACGUUGAUCGGUGAAUUGGAUUUCGAGACUCAAUCCAUGUAUACUCUCACAAUGUACGCGACGGAUCCUUACACAGAACCUGGAAAGGAUACAAGAAAUAUUGCUGGUUUAAACGUCGUGGUUGUAGUCCAAGAUGUACAAGAUGUACCACCAAUUUUUACUUUGGCACCACCUUUGACGAGGCUCAACAAUUCUAUACAACCUGGGGAUAUAAUAUUACGAGUUCAUGCAGAAGAUGGAGAUAAGGGCGUUCCUCGAGAAAUCGUAUACGGUCUCGUGUCAGAGGGCAAUCCUUUCACGCCGUUUUUUAAUAUAUCAGAAACGACAGGAGAAAUCGUUCUUGCCAGACCGUUGGAGGAACUAACACAAAUCACUCACGUCGGUGCACCUGUCGUACUUAGCGUCGUCGCGGAAGAAAUUAGAAGGACUCGGGAAGAACCACCUGCACAGGCAACCGUCGUUGAAGUUGGACUCUUGCUUGGAGAACCAGGAAAUAGUCCGCCUUAUUUCGAAAGUGACACUUAUGUUACGGUGAUAGAUGAAAAUCUAGAACCAGGAACUGUAAUUGGUUUUGGCGAUCAAUAUUCGACAAAAGUGCGAGACGAAGAUAUCGGUAAAGCUGGUGUAUUUGCGCUCAAAUUAGAAAAUAAUAAUGGCACUUUUGAAAUUAAUCCUACCGUUGCUGAACGUACCGCGGAUUUCAUUAUUACGGUACGAGAUAAUACAUUCAUCGAUUAUGAAAUAUACAAAAGCUUGAUCUUCAAGAUAGUCGCUCAAGAAAUUGGUCCAGCUACGAAUUUAUCUACAUCCGUACCGGUGACAAUUUAUCUACGAGAUAUCAAUGAUAAUCCGCCAGUUUUUGAACAGGAUUCUUACGAGGUGACAUUAUCGGAAAAUGUUACAGCCGGUACACGUGUCGUACAGGUACACGCUACCGACAAAGACACAGGAGAUUUCGGUAGUAUACAGUAUACUCAAAUAAUCGGUCAAGGUAACGAAGCAUUUACAAUGGAUUCUGAUAGAGGAUUAAUAACGGUAGCUAUGGGAUCGUCUUUGGAUCGUGAAAUCGCAUCUAGAUUGGAAUUAUCGGUCGAAGCACGAGAUGAAAAUGGCAAGGGCAAUCGAGGUGUCGUACCUUUGAUAAUCAAUCUGAUCGAUGUAAACGAUAAUGUGCCGAUAUUCGAGAGAAGUAUUUAUAUGUUCUUUUUAAAUUCUGAUUUGACUAAUUUCACAACAUCGGCCAUGAUAAAGGCUACAGACGCGGAUGCUGAACCACCGAACAACGUGAUCAGAUACGAGAUCAUUCACGGAAAUUACGAGAAUAAAUUCUAUUUAAAUGAGAUCACUGGUGAAUUGAUUUUACGAUCGCCCAUUACAAAAGUUAGAAGAAAGAAACAAAGUACUGCCGGGAGAUUGGCUAAUAAAUCGCAAAAAGAAUUACAUAGAAACGAUAAUACGAAAGAAUUGAUACUAAAGACGAUAACAACAAUGCCGACUAAUCAUGAAAUAUCAAAACCAUCCAAUAGGAGUGAAUUAUUAAGAAAAAUUCAAGAAUCUGUUAAAACUCGAAGAAAACGAGAGGACGACGACGCUCUGUAUACUUUAACAGCUAGAGCAUACGAUCUUGGCGUACCACACCUGUCGAGUUUAACACAAAUAAAAAUAAUGAGUGGUGGUGCAGCAGAGGAUCGUAUUGUAACGUUCGUUUUACCAGAAGAACAUCCAGAUCCAGUGAAAACUGCGAAAACAUUGGCUACGAUCACAGGUGCAAAAGUAAUCGUUCAAGACAUACGUCCAUACGUGACAACCAACGAUACAUCUAAUAUGUCAAACGACGCUAAAAAGAGUAUCGUUGUUGCACGGGUAGAAAAAAGUACUUCCUUCGUGGACAUAGAAAAAAUUCGAGAAACUUUAGCUGCUAACGGAGUUGGUAUAAUAAAUGGCACAAUAAUGAUGCCUGACUCAACCGGAAAAACAAUGAUAACUAAUAUCACUAAUACUGUUACUAAUGUGCGUAACGAAGAAGUUAUAACGGAGUACAAAGCUGAAAAUAAAAUACUUUUCUGGUUGCUCAUCAUUUUGGGCUUAUUGAUGCUCCUUGCUAUCGCUGCUUUGAUCAUUUGUUGCAUUUGUCCUGGUUGUCCUUUUUAUAUGGCACCUAGAAAACGUCGAGUACAAUCAUCGGAAACUUUAAUCGUCCGAUCGGACGGAAGACCGAAGAGACAUCUUCAUCGAAAGCAACCGACAAUCGUUCAUGUAACCAAUAAUCAAGAAAGGAAGCAAGCGUGGAGUGCCGAUCCAACUCGAAGAAAUUGGCAAUUCAAUCGACGAAACGUGAAAAAUUGUGGCCUGUCUUCUCUACCGGGUGACGUAGCUUAUAUUUCGACACACGCGAAUGAAGGACGAAUGAACGUGGAAUCCUCGAGACAACGAGAUGAUCUGAUUUACGAUAAUUCCAGAAGAAUUACUGGACAAGAUCGAAUGUACGUUGAGGAUAUCGAGAGUAUAAAAAUGCGAGAUUAUCAAAUGGACGAUGGUGUAGAUUCUUUACAACGCGAUGAAAUCGAACGUAGCUCUGAUCAUCCUCGACAAAGUUAUAGAUACGAACAAGAGCAAGAUAUAAACGAUGAUAGAACGAUCAGGGAACAACAUUUUUAUCGCGAAGGAAACGCCGAGAUAUUGCGAUUGGUGACAAGAGGAGGAGAAACCGAGGACAAUGUUAUUCAACAUCAUGGUACAACCGUAAUCGUAGACGGCAAGGAUAUUCUUCUUAAAAGAUUUAUGGAAGAUCAAAAAAUAAGACAAGAAGCAUCGAUUCAGGAUAUCGAUGGUACACGAAGUAUAGAAUCGACUCAAAGAAUUCGCGAAACGACUCAUCAGCAACCAGAGAUUAUACUUAUACCACAAACUUUAAACAUCGCUCAUAGUCAGCACGUAGAUGAAAGUGGUCCAGGUGUACAGAAAUUACUUAUCGAUCGUAUAGAUUACGAGGAUACUCCUAAAGAAAAAGUUAUUCAUAUUUCUGACAAUGUACAACCUAUCAGGCAAGAAUCUACGAUCGUUGUUGGAGGUGGUGGUGGUGCUUCUGAAAGUACAGAUAAACCAACGAUAUUAAACAAAGAUAACGUACAAUCUGUUAACGUUCAAUCUUACUCGUUUCAUGAUGUAGAAUUGGCACGACAAAAUGCUUUGCUGACUAGACUUUUAUUGGAACGUGAAACCAGAGCGAGUGGUCCUGCCAUGAUGGAUUCUACGAGUUACUUGGAGACUCAAAGUUUACCUGGACAAGUAGCUAUCGCAACUCAAACCGAUAGAACUGCUGCUACUCAAACUGAAAGACAUGUGAGAAGUAGAAGUGACAAUGAUGAAUCUGAGGAUGAGUCGAGGAUAAGGAAAAAGAUGAAAACUAAGAAGAGAUACGAGAGUGACUCAAAAAGAACUAGAACUUUGUGGAUGAAGUCACCGAUAGAAGAAGAACGAAGUCCCUGUUUUGAUAAACGUUUAAGUAUUCUUCGAAAGAAAGUUAAAGAGGUCAAAGAUGGAAGAAAGAUCUCAAUAGAGCCUGAAGUUCUUCGUGAGAUAUCCGACUCUUUGGAUGAUAAUGGUAGUUCUGGUAAAGGAGACGAUAAAGAGACAAAAACUUACGAACGAUCGACGGAAGAGACGAGUAUCAGAUAUGAAAUAUUAAACGAAGAGGACAAUGGUAGUCCUUCGUCAAUCGAAAUCUCGAAAGGUAAAUUUGAUAAGGCUUUUGCCGAAAAGACGCAUCAUCAUCGUGGCCGUGAUGAUCGAAAAACAGAUGUCACUGAAUCAACUUCUUCUUCGGAACUCAAAGAAAAGACUGAAAAGCAUACGGAAAAACAAAUAACCAGUCCAAAGAAGGAGAUCAAAAAGAGCCAAAAGAAAACGGAAGGUAAACCUACUUUUCGGAUAUUGGAAAGGGAGAUAACAUUGUUGACAAAGAAACUCAGCAAAUUGGGCGAAAAAAAGAGUCAGGAAAGUGCGAGAGGUGGAAGUACAUUUCAGGAAAAAACUACUACUACUACUACUAGUACGAAAAAAAGUUUAAAAAAGGACGUAGAUCAAAAGAUCUCCAAAAGAACAGAAGAUUCGAACAAGCAUAGAAUUAAAAUAUCAACAGAACAGCCGACUCCUAGCACGUCGAAAGCUACAGAACAAGGUACGAAUCAACGAAGGGAUGAAAGUACAACCAAACUGAGACACAAGUUAAAGUAUCAGCAAGUUCAAGUUACGAGUACAGGAAGUUCAGAAAUAGAGGACACUCAUGAAAGAUCGAGAAAAGAGAGUUCCGAAUCGAAUCAAGAAAAUGUUAAAGAAAAGCAACUAUCUACGAUUCAUUCUAAAAUCAAAAGACAAUCUCACGUGGAAGAUCAGAAAGAAAAUCUCGCAUUAAAGGAUCAAGAAAGUGAGAAACAAAAGGAAUUUUCGAAAGAACAUUCGAAGUCUGAUUCGAAGUUUAGGAAAUUGGAUAAAUCGAUAAGCCAUUCUCAAAAAGAAAGUUUAUCGGAGGAAUUUAGUACAAGUACUGGUUCCGAUCGAAUGGAAGGCAAAAAGGAGUUGGGUCCUCGUCGUAAUUUCGAUAAAAGAACAAGUACAAGCUCUUCUGAUAAUGUUCCGAGACAAAUGGGUCAACGAAAAUCGAGAAAGAUGCGGGUAAACCAAACUGAAAAAAUUUCCGAUAUUUCGUUAAAGGAUACCACGGAAAAGGAGGAUACUGAAAAACACAAAACGAUUAUGGACGAUAGAAAUGUUAAAAAGAAAUCGAAAUUAGUUAAAAUGCAUGCAGAUGGAAAAAAGAAAGUUAUGAGUGAUUUAGAAAGUACAAAAGAGGAUGAUCGAGUGAUAACAUUGAGAGAAGUAUUAAAAGAUUUCGUAGGUUUUGGACGUAUCAAAAAAGAGACGAGCGAGGAACAAGCAUUUACCGAUAAUUUUGAGGAAAUACCGAAGGAAAUCGUUAAAUCUUCGCAGGAAAGUGAUAAUAUUACGAUCGAUGAAAAAGUAACAAGUAAAUUAGAAACAAAAUCACCGGAAGAAUCAAUAAAAUAUGAUCUUCCAGAUACAGAAAAAGAGGAAGUUAAAAAAUUAAAAAAUGAUACAGAUCAAAAGAUCGAAAUCGUUGACGUUCCUUCGAAGGAUAUUGAAGAAGAUACAAAAAGUAAAAUAAAAGAAGAUAAAAAAACUUUCGAAAUAGGUGAAAUCGAUGAACAUUCUAUAGAUAAAAAGAAAACCGUAGAAGAUUUUAUCGAGGAAUUACAAAAAGAGAUCUAUAGAUCUCGUAUAUCGGAUAAAGAAAAAAGCGAAAUUGCUAUUACUUCGAGCGUGUCCCCGAUCGAUAAAAUCUUAUCGAAAACUACAAUAAUACCUAGUACGUCUACAGAUAUAAUCCAUGAGAAAGUAUCUUCGUCAGAUAAGGUUGAUAAAAUUGAUUUCAAGAAUGAAACAGAAGUAACAAAAAAGGAAGAUGAAAUAACUACGAGAAAAGAUAUCGAGAAAUCUUUCGAAAUGAAAAAUAAGGAUGAUUUGUCUGUAAAAGAUAGUGAAACAAUUCCCAUGCUCGUAAAUAUUGAAAAAGAACAAAAAAAAUCAUUUGACCAAUCUACAAAGAUAGAUAAUGAAAUCGCAAUGAAUUUAAUUGAGAUUACUGAUAAGAAUUCGCAAUUUACGUUAUCAAAGGACAACGAUAAAGUUAAAGAAAUCGAAGAUAAACAAAGUUCGUCUAAAUCUCUAGACGACAAAGAUACGAAGAAAUUUGAAACGAAGGAUGUGAAAAAAGAUACAGAAGAUAAUUCGAUAACAACGAAUGAUCCAAGAUCUCUUAUGGACACGACGAAAAUGAUUGAAACGGUUUUAGAAAUCGCGAGUAAACGUAGUUUACCGGAAGUAAGUGACAUCGAUAAAAAGUUCGAACUUAAGGACUCGUCUAGUGUAAAAAGUGAAAAGGAUUAUGAGCAUAUAGAAUCACUUAUAAUCGACAAAAAUAUAGAAAAUAAUGGUAAAAGAGAUUCGAUUCUUGUUAGUGCGGAAGUCCAUGUUGAACAAAUUCCUGAAGAAAUUAUGGACGAUAGUCGAGAUAGUGAUAAAACUAAAGAGAUUUUAAUUGAUCAAGAAGAUAAAAAUAAAAUCGAUAUAUCUGUCUCCGGAGAAGAUAAAAAAAGUUUCAUUGAAGAAAGUCAAAUUAGAACAUCGCCAGUUAAAGACAUUUCAAAAUAUCUUGAAAUGAAAGAUACAGAAAUUAUUGCUGAAAAAGAUAUAUCAAUAAAAGAUAUUAAACAAAGUAGUAUAAAUGUAGAGGAGAAAGAUAUUGAAAGAUCUCAAAUAAAGACAGAAGACGCGAUAUUAAAGAAGGAGGAAGAAGGAACGAUAUUAAUUAUUAAGGAAGACACGAUAUUAAAGAAGGAGGAAGAAAGCGAUGAAAUCGAUGUAAAAGGAGACGAAAGUGAUAAAGAAAAGCAAGAAUUAAAGAUGACUUCGAUCGAAUUAUCUAAAGACAAGGAUGAAGAUAAAAAAGAUAUAAAAUCAGAACCUUUAAAGGAUGAAGUUACGAAAGAUUUGUCAUCGCCGAAAAACUUGAAAACACAUGAAAAGCAAAAAUUAGAAGAAAUAAAAAUCACAAGUCUACCUCUGACUAAACCGGAACUUCCAAUAUUAUCAGACAUAGAAGAUCGAUUAACCAGCCAAAAGGAACAAAUGGAAAUGAAAAUAGUCGAAGAAUCAAAGGACUCUAUAGAUGAUACGAAUCCAAUUGAUCCGAUUAGAGUGGAAAAACCAUCAAAACCUCCUUUGCCGAUCGAAAUAUUAGAACCAUUGAGUCCCCAAGAAGAACCCAAGAUACAAACUGAUACAAUGGAUAUCGAUGAAGAGAAAGAAAGUAGACCAUUCGUUGAUAUCAGUGUGAUUAAAUCUGUAGAGGAAUUAAAAUUUGACGAGAUAACUCAAUCAGAAGAUAAGGAUUUUUCUGAGAAAGAAACCACAGUUUUGUUGGAGGACAAAGGUAAUCAAGGUAAUGUAAUUAAAUUAAAGAUGGAAGAGGACCAAGAGGAAAAAGAAGAUCCAAGUAAACAAGAUAAGGUCGUUGAAAGUGAAAGCCCGGAUGAGACGAGCUUACAACCUGGAGAUGAAUUUGCAAAGGAAGAACUUCUAAAGAGGACGGAGGAAUACGAAAACGUAAGCCCUACAAUUUUUACGAGCAUUAUCGAUACACCGGAAGAUUCUGAUGAGAGUGACUCAUCCAGUGAUAUUUCCAGGAAAACAACACUGACCACGAGACCGUACCAAACGCCUCGACAUCGCGCUAAGGACGUAUCUGAAAAAGAAACCCUUUCGAUGGAAAUGAUCGGAAGUGUAUCGGACGUUGAUAAUAUGGAAUUGAGGGUUGAAAAGUUAAAAGAUGAAAAUGGCGAACAUCAAGUAAUCGAUGUAACUAUGGACGUUAUAAAAAAUCUUCCUACUGUAUCGCAGGAGACAAUGGAGUCUGAGAAAGAUAAUUUAAACGAUAAAAGUAUCGAGAUAGAUGAGAAAUCUAAGGAGUCAAUCGAAAAGAGUUCACCUUUUAUACAAAAAACAUCAAGUAUAGUUAUUGAAAAUCAAGAAAAAAAAUCUAGUCCACAAAAAGCGAAGGAUAUAAAGGAUCCGGAUAAUACAAAAACGACGAUAGUAAAAGAUGAGUCGAAGAUGGAAAAGGACGAUAAAUCUGAUGAGAUUAAGGAUAAACGAGUAAAAAAAUUAGAAAAGGAUAGAAAAGGAGGAAAACAAUAUCCAGAACGUUCGAAAGUCAUGGCUCGCAAAGAAAAGAAAAAUGUAUCAGAGGAAGUAACCGAAAUUAAAAAGGAUCCAUCUUUGGGAAAAACAUUUCGUCAAUCUAAACGUCGUCCUUCCAAACCGACCGAAGGUCAAGUGGAGAAAAAUUUGGAGAAAAAAUCAGAAAAAGAAAAGAUAACGGCAACGUCGAAGAAGACGGAGGAGGAUCGAUCGAAAUCGAAAAAAUCGAGAUCGAGCAGUGGUGAGAAAUCGUCGAGUUCACCAAAAACGGGUGACACUGAAACUGGCAAGACUCGAUCUAAAUAUAUGGCUUGGUACACGAAGAAAAGAGAAGAAAUGGAGAAAAAUAGGGAAGCUAAAAGAACAGAAGAACAGGACGAACAGGAUCAGCAGUUACCACGUUGGUUGAGAAGGAGUUUGGCUCAUAAAAGAUCGAUUCCCGAUGAGAAAAAAAAAUUAGAGAUUAAAACACCAGAAAUAACACCAAGAACCAGACGUAAAGUGAAACCUUUGGUAAACGUUGAGUCUGAACAAUUAAAGGCUAUUGUUCGUCAAGGAAGAAAAUUGAGAAAAGCUGAAGGUGAACAAUACGAGGAUCCUCCGAUACAAAUUUUUGCCUCGACUCCACCCGCACCACAGCCAUCACUGACGGAAUCAAAAUAUCCUCGUCAUCAUUUAUUUCAACAUUCCGAAUAUAAAUAUGAAAAGAUGCCAGCACCAUUUUAUCUUCAUCCUCCGCCAGCACCUCAUCCCUCGCCCCAAUUAUCACCGGAACAUUACGAUUCACAACGAACGACUGAAUUCGUAAGACCGGAUGUCGAAGUUGAUUCUGUUACUGGUGUAUCGAUGACACCAGGUCAGACGAGAUUACGACAUCAACAAUUACUUGAGAAAAAGAGCGUCUUUGAUAUCGCUUACAGUGAAGCUGCACCGUCGCAAUUAAGAUCGGAUAGUACAACGCCUCCUUCUUAAUCAAUUGGAAAGUGUAAAAAAAUCCUGAAAAGAAAAGAAAAAAAAGGAAUCUUUUCCUUUUAUAAAUGUGCAAUAAAAUAUACGAUACUCGAGAUAUCGUGAUAUAAAUGAUAUUAAUUAAGGAAAAAAUAAGUUACGUGAAAGAAUUAAAGGAACGA